AUGUCUUCAAGCGCGCUCACUUUUUCUGACAGUUCUAUCGACGCUAUAUGGGGUCCGGGGUUCAUUGGGUUUAUUGUCAGUGUGGGGUUGUACGGACUUACUAUAUCACAGACCCUUCAUUAUUAUCAAUAUUACUACCACGAGGACGAAAUAACACUCAAGCUGCUCGUCUUGCUCGUAUUGAUUGAAGUUCAUUGGAUUCAUUUCACGUCUACGCGACAGCCCAUUCCUUUUGGCGCUAUUUCAUCGAAGGGCGGAUUAGCUCGACCCUCGGCAAUGCGCUCCCUUGGUAUGCAACUAAUUGCAUCUUUGAUGACCACCUAUGUAAUAACAUUCAUUGUACAAAGUUACUACGGAUAUCGGGUCUUUAAAGUGAGCCGACACAAUAAAAUAAUAGUGGGCGCGAUAUGUUUCUUCGCGCUUGUCCAACUUGCUUCUGGCACUGCAUUUGUCGCAGAGGAGAUCAAUGCCAGCGCCAAUUCGCGCACGGACAUAUUCUCAAAUAGUGCGGUCUUGAUACUGGAACUGUCCAGUACCGUGCUAGGUGACUUGCUUGAUCACCUGCGCGACGGUCUGGUACCUUCGUGCAGAGCGAACUGGAAUGCAGAUCUUGUCCACCGGCUUGUCGUUCACGCCAUUAAUAUGGGAAUGAUUGGAGGCGUCGUAGCGCUUGUUCAGUUGAUUGUGUUUGUUGCUCGACGCAGAGAGAUGCUAUUCUUUGCUCCGAACUUAGUUGUUAGCAAAUGCUAUGUCAAUAGUUUGCUAGCGACACUCAACGCAAGGCACUCAAUUCGUGAUGCCCGUGAUGCGUGGAUGGAUGAUGAUAAUGCACAUGGCAUAGUUCUUCAUCGAGUCGGGCACCAUGCAUCAGCUGGGUUGUGGGGAAGGCACAAGACGCCUAUGGACAUGAAAGAACUUCGACGUUUCCGCCUCGCCAUGCAAAAGCACGCUGAUUCUAUGAGCAUGGCGACUGCCGGUGAUGAGGAAGUUCCGCAUGAUCGCAAGUAUGCCGAUCGUGGAGACGCCAAGUCUGCGUUAAAAAAUUACGAGAUCAAAGCUCAAGGAAGUGUGUAUGUGAUGGGGGACCUAGCUGCAUGA